UUGAAUACAUCAUCAUAAAGAGCACUUCAGAGAGAAAAAGAAAAAGAAAAGAAAGAAGAAAUGGAAGACAGAGAGAUUAAAGGGCACGUAGUAGUGCUGCCAUACCCAAGCCAAGGCCACAUAAACCCUCUUCUCCAAUUUGCAAAACGCCUAGCCUCUAAAGGUGUCAAGGCAACACUAGCCACAACCCAUUACACUGUCGAGUCCAUAUGUGCAGCUCACAUUGGUGUCGAGCCAAUCUCUGAUGGGUUCGAUCAAGGUGGGUUUUCUCAAGCAGGGAAUGUAGACUUUUACCUUAAGUCAUUCAGGGACGAUGGCUCCCGAACUCUGUCUCAACUCAUCCAAAAGUUCCAAAACUCUACCACCCCAGUUAAUUGUGUUGUGUAUGACUCGUUUCUGCCAUGGGCUCUCGAUGUGGCAAAGAAGCAUGGGAUUUAUGGAGCUCCAUUCUUUACUAACUCUGCCACUGUGUGUAACAUCUUUUCUCAUAUUCACCGUGGCCUGCUUCCUCUGCCACUGAUGCCUGAAAGCACACCCUUAAAGUUACCAGGGCUUCCUCCACUGAACUACCCUGACUUGCCCACGUUUCUUAGGUUUCCAGAUAGUUAUCCAGCAUACUUGGCCAUGAAAUUGAGUCAAUAUUCAAAUUUGAAUGAAGCUGAUUGGAUUUUUGAUAACACCUUUGAAGACUUGGAAGGGAAGGAAGCAAGAGGCGUAUCAGAGAUCUGGCCAGCGAAGUUGAUUGGUCCCAUGGUACCAUCUGCUUACUUGGAUGAAAGAAUCAAGGGUGACAGAGGUUAUGGCUCAAGUUUAUGGAAGCCACUUAGCGAAGAGUGCAUGGAAUGGCUUGAAACAAAGCCGUUUCAGUCUGUGGUCUAUGCUUCUUUUGGAAGCAUGGUUUCAUUAACAGAAGAACAAAUGGAAGAGAUUGCCUGGGGCUUAAAGGAAAGCAAUUUGCAUUUCCUGUGGGUGGUCAGAGAGUCAGAACAGAAAAAACUGCCCAAAUGGUUGGUAGACUCAACUAAAGAAAAGGGCAUGGUUGUGACAUGGUGUAACCAACUAGAAAUGCUGGCACAUCCUGCCGUAGGCUGCUUUCUGACCCACUGUGGGUGGAACUCAACGCUGGAAGGGCUGAGCCUUGGAGUGCCAAUGAUUGGUGUGCCCAAAUGGACAGAUCAACUGACCGAUGCAAAGUUUGUGGAGGAGAUUUGGGAGGUAGGAGUGAGAGCCAAAGAGGAUGAGGAGGGAGUUGUGAGAAAGGAAGAACUAAUGAAGUGCUUGAAGGAAGUAAUGGAAGGGGAGAAAAGCAAAGAGAUGAAGGAAAACGCUAAGAAAUGGAGGGAAUCGGCUAAGAAAGCAAUCAGUGAAGGAGGGAGCUCAGAUGAUUGUAUUAAUGAGUUCGUGGAACAUUUGAUGGCUUCUUAUAAAAGCUUGAACGGACAUUAUUAAAGAAAUUACUCAUUAAGAUUGUGCUAGCUAGUUGAUUUCUCUAGUGUUGUAGAGAUUGAGAUUCCAGGGUGCAUGGUUUAUGGGUCGUUGUGGUGGGAUUUUUUUUUUUGUCCAUUUAAGAAAAACAAUGUGGUGUUUGCACCAUCUCAUUUGUGAUGGUCUAGCGUUUAUUCUCUAGCAUUUAUUCUGGCUGAAAAGCAGUUUUUAAUUGUUUAAUAAAAAGUUAUAUUCAUUUA